AUGGAGGCCGCGAAGCGAGGGCGGGAGAGCGGAGAGGCCGAGGAGGCGCGGCCCGAGAAGAGGCCGAGGGGGGAAGGGAGAGGCGACGCCGCUGGGGAGGCGCACGCGGGAGACGAGAGGGAGACUCGCGGGGAGAGUGCUGGUGGUGAUGAUGCUGCUGGUGGUGGUGAUGAUGUUGCUGGUGGUGAUGAUGCUGCUGCUGGUGGUGGUGGUGGCGGCGAUGGGGGAGACGUGGUGGUGCGGGAACAGGGAGGCGAGGAAUUCGCGGAGCUGAUGAAACACGGCCUCGUGGAGGUCGACGUGGGCAUCGCCGAGUUCGUGAGCCACCUCGCGGGGUUCUCGGGCAUCCUCAAGGAGCGGUAUUCUGACUUUGUGGUGCAUGAGAUCAACGAGGAAGGGAAGGUCUUGCAUCUCGACGACCUCAACCCCCCCGCCUCGCAGGAAGAGGUGCGCGUGGACGUGGACACGGGGCCGCUCACGGACGAGCAGCUCGCUCUCCUUGCCGACCUCCAGGCCGGCAAAGGUCACGACUUCCUCAUGGAGGUGGAGCACCUGAGUAAGGAUUCCCGCGCCGAGCUUCACCGCGCCGUGCGUGCUCGCUUCCCGCGCCUGGAGACGCGGACCGAGCAGAGGGACGCUCGCCGCGUCAUCGUGGCCUACCGCACCGCCUCGCUCACCGGGCGCGACUCGCGUGUGAACUCGUGGCCGAAGGCACGUGGCAGCUUCUGCCGCUUCGUGCUCUACAAGGAGAACCGCGACACCAUGGACGCCGUGAGCUCCCUGGCCAGCCUCGUGCGGGUGCGGCCAGGCACCUUCUCCUACGUGGGCACCAAGGACAAGCGGGCGGUCACCGUGCAGGAGGUGGCGGCGCUACGGGUGAGUGCGGAGCGGCUGGCACAGCUGAACCGCUGCCUGCGUGGGGUGCGUCUGGGGAACUUCUCGUACGCUCGCAGCGGCCUCCGCCUGGGGGCGCUGCAGGGAAACCGUUUCAGCGUCGUGCUGCGCAAUGUGACUGGUACAGAGGAGCAGGUUGCCGCGGCGAUGACGUCGCUCCGAGACUCCGGCUUCAUCAACUACUACGGCAUGCAGCGAUUCGGCACCACCGCGGUGCCCACUCACCACGUGGGCAGGGCCAUGCUGCAGGGAAACUGGCCGGAGGUGCUGGACCUGGUGCUGAAGCCUCGGCCUGGAGCGGAGCGCCCGGAGCUGGUGCGCUGCCGGCAGGAGUGGGGGCGCUCGCGCGACGCGGCGCUGGCGCUGGCGCUGCUGCCGGCGCGCUGCCGCGGGGGCGUGGAGGGGCGGCUCCUGCAGGGGCUGACGCGGCACGCGCCGGGGGACAUCACCGGGGCCUUCUCCUGCAUCCCACGCAACACCAGGCUGAUGUACCUGCACAGCUACCAGAGUGCCGUGUGGAACGCCGCUGCAUCUGCUCGCAUUCGGCUCCUGGGCCUACGGCCUGUGCCGGGGGACCUCGUGCUAGACCAUGACGGCUCGCCGGUGCUGCUGGAUGCGGCGUCGGCGCCGGCGGCCUCCGUGCUGGACGUGGUGCUGCCCCUGCCAGGCUUCGAUGUCGUCUACCCCACCCACAAGGUGGGAGACGUGUACCGUGAGAUGCUGUCCGCGGACGGGCUGGACGUGGACAAGCUGAGACACCGCGUGCGAGAGUAUUCUCUCUCUGGGGCCUACCGCAAGGUCAUCGUGAGGCCACGCGGCAUGACCUGGGAGCUGUGUCGCUACGACGACUCCACGGUGCCUCUCAUCGCCACCGACCUCGACCUCCUGGAGGGGAGGUCACCCGCCCCGGCCCAGCCCGAGGGGCGGUACCGCGCGCUCAAGAUGGAGUUUUCGCUGCCCCCCUCGAGUUACGCGACCAUGGCGGUGCGCGAGGUGCUCAAGAUGGACACGAGCAUCCGCAGCCAGAGCGCCCUCAACACCACCAACACCACCGGCGGCGGCGGCGGCGGCAGGAAUACGGCCAGAGACACAGCCAGGAACACGGACACCACCACCUCCACGGACACCACCACUACCACCACCACCACCACGGACACCACCACCCCCUCCAGGGACACCACCACCACCAUGGACAUAGCCACCACCACCACCAUGGACAUAGCC